AUGAAAUUACAGCUGCUGACUGAAAAACAAAGGUCACUGUGUUUCCUUGUGUCAACACUUGUUAUCAUCCUACAUGUAGGAUACGGUCAAGUCAACUUUGAAUACUACCUGUUUGCUGUGACUUGGCCACCAUCGUAUUAUCUGGCGCAAAAAAGUGCUCCACCGAAAGAAUUAGAUGGUUUUACUAUUCAUGGAAUGUGGCCCAAAAUUGCACGUCAUAAAAAUCCAAAGUGUAAAUCGAAAGAACAAUUUGAUAUAGCACAAUUGCAGGGACUACUAGGCGAUCUAAAAAAACUGUGGCCAUUUUUGAAAAAUUACAGCUAUCCAGCUGUAUUUUGGAAAUAUGAAUUUGACAUACAUGGCAGGUGUGCACUACAGGACCCUCUAAUCGGUAAUCAAUAUCGGUACUUCAAAUUUGGUAUUGACGAGAUGAAAAAACUGAAACUACUGGAUAAUCUGAAAAAACAUGGUAUCACACCGCAUGCUUCCAUGAAAUAUGAUGCAAGCGAUUUUCAGAACGUACUGAAGAAAGAAUACGGUCACCAUGGUUUCUUAAAGUGCACCAACGUAAUCGGACAGAGUGGAGUGCGUCUCCUGGAAGAGGCUUUUGGAGCUGUUGAAUCAAUGAGUGAUCGUAUCUGUAUUCAUUCUAAAAGUAAAAUCUCUGUAGAAUUAAGUGCUGUUAAUCUAUUAAGCUGUUGUACAAGAUGUGGUCUUGGUUGUAACGGUGGUAUUCCAGGAAUGUCAUGGGAUUAUUGGAAAUAUGAAGGUAUUGUUACAGGAGGAUCAAAUGAAACACAUACAGGAUGUCAACCAUAUCCAUUCCCUAAAUGUAAUCAUCAUUCAAGUACAAAAGGUUAUCCACUAUGUGAAAGUCAUUAUUAUUCCACACCAGAAUGUUAUAAAACUUGUCAAGAUGAUUAUCGUAAACCCUAUAAAAAAGAUAAAUUUUAUGGUAAAACUUCUUAUAAUGUAGCCAGUGAAGAAAUUUCAAUCAUGAAAGAGAUUUUAUUAAAUGGUCCAGUUGAAGGUGGAUUCUAUGUCUAUGAAGAUUUUCUUCAUUAUAAAUCUGGUGUUUAUAAACAUAUCACUGGUUCAUAUUUAGGUGGUCAUGCUAUACGUAUACUUGGUUGGGGUAUUGAACAUAAUCAUAUACCCUAUUGGUUAUGUGCUAAUUCAUGGAAUGAUCAAUGGGGUGAUCAUGGUUAUUUUAAAAUUUUACGUGGUAAAAAUGAAUGUGGCAUUGAAUCAAUUAUAUCAGCUGGUUUACCAAAGUUACAUCAAUAG